AUGAGCCAUUCCAUCCACAAUCGCCGACCAAGACCGGCCGGGCCUCCUCGCAGACAAGUAAAAGGGUUGGGCACGAACAGGCCCGGCACACCCUUGAGCCUCGUGCCAAUCUGGGUCUGA